GGGUUUGGGGCGCCAAAGUCUCUUCCAGGGGGAGCUCCGUGUAAUUUGUAAAAGCAAAUGAACUGAGGGAGAACCGUGGAUAACUGAAGGAUGAGUAAAGUCUGUUAGCCUGCAGGGUGUCUGACAGUGAGUCACAAUCUUUCAAAUGUUCUCAGCAACACGUCUUGCAUGGAGGAGACGCACACGUCCAGCCCCGCCACCGGUACAGUUUGUUCACCCGUGGCUCGUGUACAGUAGAAGCAGCAGCAGGUCAGAUGUUUGCACAUUAGCAAGAGCGCCUCCGAUUUAAAAGACAGACUGUAAUGUGUUUGGUUGGGACUCUUACGUAAGCUGGACGCAGAGCUCAAAGUUUGUGCCCACUGAAUCUCAUCAGUGGAGCCUUCACAUCCACAUCACAUUUAUCACUUGAACUUUUUUUAUUUUCACAUAAAAACUUCUUCUGUUGGGAUUUUAUGUGACAGACCGACAGGAAGCAAUGCGUAAUUAUGAAAUGAAAGGAAAAGGAUGAUCAGUUUUUUUUCCUUCUUGUAAAUAAUAAAGCUGAAUAAUGUUGACAUUAUAACUGCACAUUUAGAGACUGUACAGAUCAAAUUUCCGAUCUUGUCGUAGAUCCUCAACUGGGUUCAGGUCUAGACUUUGAUUGGGCCAUUUUAACACCUGGAAAUGCUUUGAUCUGAGCCGUCCUGCAAGCUGCGCACCGAUAAAUGGGCUCUGAUUUUCUUAAUUUAUUGGGUGAUCAACAAUCAACCAAUGCUACGUGAAACCGAUUUUAUCCACCAAACUAUCUGCAAAGGUCCAGGAAUCAGUCACCGUCCCUUGUUGCUCUUCCACUGACAGACCUGCACAGGAGGUCACGUCUGCUCAUGCGUGUGUGCAGGCAUAUUUUGUUAAAGCUGUCAGCCUGUCGUGACAGUUUAAUAUGAGAAAGACUUAUAAUCUGUGGGGGAAAAAAUCCAUCUCCUCCCUCAGCAGCUACUGCCUUUGCAGAAAUGCACAGUGAAAAACAACCAAUCAGAGCCAGGAGGAGGGUCUUAGGGCUGUCAAUCAACGCCACACACAGGCUGCUCAAUGAGCUAAUGGUGAAGAAACAACUUAAAGACCAAGGACAACUGUUUGUCCGCUGUCAUCGGUGGCCAUGCUAACUAGUCUGAGCAUUCAUGGCAGGCUCUGCUAUCAGGAAGACACAGUAGAGUAGCAGAGAGCAAGGGGGAAGGUGUGGGUAGCGCUUACACAACAGCGAUUGUCAGAGCUAACACCCUCCUCCUGGCUCUGAUUGGUUAUUUCUGUAGUUAGCACUGGGAGAAGGCAGAGGAGCUUGAUUAUGUGUCUUACAUUAUACUGUCAAAACAUAGUGACAGUUUUAAAAAAAUAUGUAUGAAACAUAUUUUUUUAUAAAGUUGCAUACUGCAGCUUUAACAACAGUCACCCCACUGUUGCCAACUUAGUGACUUUGUUGCUAUAUUUUGCAACUUUUCAGACCAAAAAAAAAAAGAAAAGAAAGAAAGAUCGCUAUGGGCCAAAAUCUAUUCUACUGAAACUUUGGUUCAAUGUUUUUAAUGUAGGGAGGAUAACCUUCACUUCAGUCUCAGUUACUAUGUUAAAAAGAAAUUUGAAUUAAGUGUGCUUCUACUGGUUUGGAACAAAUCAACGAGGCUACGCAAAGCGCAAUUUUGUUAGACGUUGACGCUACAUGUGGCUGUAAUAAAUAAGAUGUAGAGGUUGCAAGUUUCAGGAUUGAACCACACAUCCUCUCAAAUAUGGAGAGAGUUCUUCCCCUCCAAGCUGGAGGUUUGGACCCUGAAAUGUUUCCGAGCCGUUCACCACCACCAGUGGAUGGGAGCGUUCCACCACUCCCAACCCAGCCUGGAGUGCCUCCAGCCAGCCAGUCCAGCCUCACCGUCCCCACCUCCAAGCUGGAAGUUUGGAGUUUCAUGCCUCUGGUCAAUGUUGGGUCGAGGUGUUAAGCGGAAGUGGAGCAGCCUGGAGGUUCCGGAGGCCGAGCAGCUCCCCAACACCACAGCGAUGGAGGACAAAAGGCCGGGUGCAGCGUUGGAGGAGUCAGAGGAGGACAGAGGGGACAGACGGUCCAGAACCAACGCCGGUCACGUGGAACAGCGGCAGCUGGUGCUCAGCCUCUGCCUGGAGAAGCUGCAGCAGUACCAGGCCGGCGUGGAGCUCAGUCUGCGGCGCUCCGUGCUCCUCAUCAACACGCUCAGGCAGAUCCAGGAGGAGAUGCGGAGCGAUGGGACGGAUGUGCGGCUCGGCGGCGUGAGCCCUGACGCGCACCUCCUCAGGGACGACUUUAGGGAUGACGAGUCGGUCACGUGCCCCGGCUGCACGGAGGGAGACACGGAAAACCUGUCGCCCCCGCCGUCCCCUGAACCGACAGACACCGUACCCACUGAUCUACAGAAACCCCCGCCCAACGCCAUCGGUCACACCUUUAGCGAUGCGGGAAGCGCCAUGGGCUAUCUAAGUGACCUUGCCCUGGACGAUAUCUUCGAGGACAUUGACACAUCCAUGUACGAGACUUCGGAACUGCCGUCCGCCUGGGCGGCUGGCUCCCUGUGGCCGGUCAGCGUGUCCUUCUGGCCCGACGACGACGUGAAGCUGUGUUCCUCGGUGGGAAGCCUCCAGUCGUGUCUGCUGGACUUGAAUGAACUGGACCACAUCAUGGAGAUUCUGGUGAAGUCCUGAUCUCCAUGACAUCGUCAGGCGCAGGCGGUUGAUCAGGGGUGUGAAGGUUCUGGAUUCUGGACAUUUCACACUCUGAACAUGUGCAGACAUGAAGCUGAAUGACGCUCAUCCCUCGUUAACGAGGAACCACAUAUGCACUUAUUGCUUGUGCCUCAAAGUAGACAAGAAAUAUUUAUCACAACUUCAGUAUAAUUUGCAGAUGAAUUGUAGAUGCACUGAUCCACUUUUUUCACAACCGAUAACAAUGCCGAUAUCGAUACUGAUAUCUAAGGUUUAGCUCUGAUCCGAUGCAGAGAAACAGCUGAACUGACUUAAAAUGUUUUGCUUUUUUAAACACAGACAUAAAAUGGGCUGAAUUACAAAUGCAUUUGCUAACUCUGCACCGGUACAACUCACUGAAAUACACCAAUAGCUUCACUAGCUUGGUCAAUUAUGGAAAAACAUUUGUUCAGUGAAUGUAAUUAGGCGUGGAACAGCUGAUAAAAACAACAGGUUGACUAUUUUAGUCGAACAUGUAGAAACCAACUGCAGCAAACCUUCUUUAAAAUGGUUCAGAAAGAGCAAUUAGGAUUUCUAAAUAUAAUGUAAAAUAAAUAAUAAAGCAGCAAACAUAGAAUUUGACUGAGUAGAUCUGCCUUUAUUGAUUGGGCACAUUGUCCCUGAUAGCCAAUCUACAAUUGUUUUCAAUAUUUGAACCGAUAUGGAUAUUAAUGUGGGAUCAGUGCAUCUCUGAUAUGAUUAUUUAUGUACAUAUAGGCGUUGGCUUAUAUGAGAGUCUCACAGUAUAUUAACGUUGAACAGAAAUACCAGUUUUAUGCGUUUGUGACGCUCCUUUAUGUUUCCACAUGUUGAUUGUUCAAGUUUUACGUGACUGGAACUAUUUUUGAAAAUCUGAAAUGUUUUUGUUUUCUUUUGUUUUUCAAGUGGUGGAAAAUGCAGUAGCCUUCUUUUAGCCAACAGUAGGGCGGUGUUCAGAAACAAGUGGGGGAGGGAUCCAGGCUCUGUUACGCUCUGCAGUACAGUUUUGAUCGGAAACAUUUUAACGUUUUGGACUCUGUGUCAGGUUUUUGAUUUGAGAUCAGCAGAUUUAUAGGUGAUACUAUCCGUGAAGUCAGACUCCUUGUAGCAAAGCUCCUGUUUCCGCUUUCAGAAGUGGACCAGGAGCUCUUUGCCUUAACAACGGAUUGUUUUAGCAGUGAGGCGCACCAAAGACUAUGCCAUGUUUGUGUUCCUUCACUCAGUCAAAGCGUAACUUUUCGGAGAGCUGCUGUAGUGAAGCUCUGUGUGUCAAACGACAGCUGUGGAGGAAGGAACCCGAGCGCCAUGGAAGCUGCGUCACUCAGUCUGUCAGAUCAGAUCUGGGUUGAUAAUUAAUUAAAGUCCCUUCAGUUACUCAAGAGGCUGUGCUUCAUCCAGCCAGGAGGGCAAAGGCCUGACUUUCCUCUUAGUUAUGGGACUGAAAGCUUUCUUUUUAUGGAAUGCCAAAAGCGCCACAAUAAAAAAAAAAAAAAAAUAAUAAUAAUAAUAAUAAUAAUAAUACUUCAUUAUUGUUUAUCUAUGUCAUGUUAAAAAUCCAAUUGAAAAUAGAAACAUCAUCUGAAAGAUUUUUUAAACAUACAAUGAACUUGAAUAAUUAUAUUAAUAUGCACUUUUAAUUUAUUUAUAUUAACGCUCCCAGUGCAUCAAAUGCAUAAUUUAAUCUGUGAUGCUAAUCAAAUAAACCUUUGCAUCUGAUUGGUCAACCUGCACACCAGCUAAACAUACUAAUAGUAGUAGAGUUUCUAAAUUGCUGUUGUAUAAAAUAGCAAAAACAAAAACUAUAAAAACAUAUGCACUUUUUACAUUUUUUUAAACUAUAUUUCACAAAUAAUAUAUUGGCGUCUGAAUUUAUUACACUUGUCACUUAAUUUAUUUAUUAUUUUAGUUGUGGUACUUUCGGACUUCCAUAUACUACACCAACUUGAGCCUUUUUGGAAAAAAAUAAGUUGCAGCUGUGUUGUUGAGUAUUUUACUACAAUUAUGUGGUCGGAACAAAAUCCAGAUGUAAUUUUUUAAAAAUGUUUAUUUUCUUGCAUCAAAAAUAAGAAGAAUUUUUCUU